AUAUGUGUGUGUGUGUGUCAGUGUGUGUUCGGUCAGCAGUAUGGCGUCUCUCGGCCUCCUGCUCCUCAGCACCGCUCUCAUCCACACCGUCCAGCCUCUUCCUGCAGCUUAUGGAGGGGGGCGUGACCUGGACGUGUCAGUAGGCGGAGUCAGACGCCAGCGUCCAGACCUUCGUAAGCUGCUGCCUUAUGAGGACCAGAUGAUGUCAUACCCGGCAACACUGAGAGGAGGCAGGGCCAACAAUCUGUACUACCAAUCAGAUGACUGGAGGGGGAGAGGCUUGGAGCAGGCCUUGCAGCGAUUGGUGGAGACUGACCAGAGACGGGAACGAGAGGAGGAGCAGCGAGCAGAGUACCUGACCGCUCUGCUCCGCCUCCUGAAUGAAGCUCAGGGCCUAGGAUUGGUCGGCCCUGGAGAUGUGGAGGUGAUUGAGGAAGAGGAGGAUGAGGAGGACGAUCAGGGGCCUCCUGAGGACUUCCAGGGUCCAGGGCCCGCAGACUAUGAGACUAGUCGCGGCCUGAGUAUGGGGAGGCCCCCAGCCGCUUGGUGGGGCCUCCUGGAACCCCGUCUGGCGCAGGCCCUGCUGGACAGGAUGGAGCCUGAGCUGCUGGAGAGAGCGAGACAGGAGAGACUUCAGCAGGACGGACGAGGACUGGGACGAGGACAGACCCGAGACCAGGACAUGCUCAGGUACGUGGUUGCUAGAAUACUGUCCAGCAUGGGCCCGAAAAAAAUCACCCCAGUGAACUCCAGUCCCAGGGCGAGGAGGGAUCUGUCCGUCACUGCUGUCCAACCAGUUGGCUCCGCCCACAGGAGAACCCGCCGCUCCCUUGACGACAUAACACCUCCAUCACCGAGCGACGACCCCCCCCUCCUCAGGGUGAAGAGACUGGAGGAGGAGGAGGAGGAGGAGGAAGAGGAGAAGCUCCGCCCCCCCACUGCUGCACUGCAGAGGAUGAAACGCAUCGAUACUAUGGCAACCAGCGCUGCAGAAGAACUGAAUCAUGGGAGUCAUAGGCGCCGGAGGAGAGACGCCAUGACCUAUGACCCCCAAGUACUGAUCGACCAGAUUGUAGAGUUCAUCAGGGAGUGACAGAAGGAGGGGAGGAGAUAA